AUGGAGAGCUAUCUGCCCCUCCCAAUAAUCGACCAAUCCAUCGCAUUUCUUGAUGAGAACUCCAAAUACGAGGACAAUGUGAAAGCGUUGAGCUUUGCUCUCAAUCAUGAAUUUCCCCUCACGAUGGGCCAUGGUGUAGCUCCCAAGCAAAAUCGCAAUACCAGCCACCCAGACUUUGUCGUCUAUCGCCUCCAACGUCGUUCUGCGAGGGAUCGAGGCCUUUUCGAUCAUACAUUGGUUCAGGCAAAACGCUCUGAUGGAAGCCUGGAAGACACCAUAGACCAGCUGGUAACAGCACUUGAGAGUGCUAAUUCGGAGCAUGGCCGGUGCUGGGCAAUCAUGGCCAUUGGCGUCACACUGCACUUUUAUGAAUACCAUACACAUCUCCCCGCGAACCACCGACUCAUACAUUGGUGCCCAUCUGGUCAUUCUACCAACAUCUUCCACCUGCGCGAUGAUUCGCGUGUGAUUGAGUCGAUGUUCGAUCAUCUGAGACGAAACAACGAGCCUGCAGCACGAUAG